AUGGUCAGCAAGCGCGAAAAACAAUGUCAGCAGGAAAUCGAGUUCAAGGAAUUUACCAUCUUCCACAAACGCGAACCACGCAGUAUCCUGAUCAAGAUCGAAUUCCAUCCAUCCGUUGCGAAGCCGCAGAUGAGCAUGGGAGGAAAGCCUAACUGUUUCCCUUGCGAACUCAUCGGAACGGAAUCGAAAAAGCCGAAAAAUCUGAGGGCACGCUUUCAUCCAGAGGCCAUCUUUUGGGUCAACGUUAAUUCGUCAUUUAUGGAUUUGCUGAUUGAAAAUGCGCGCCAGACCGCUCUUACCAUCUUGGGCGCCGAGGAUUGGGCCAUCGCUCCGGUUGAGCUGCCGGACCCUCGCAAGGAAAGGUCGUCUCGCCUUCGUCAACUUCUUGGUGCCAUUCCUCCACAUGUCGACCAAAAUGCUAAUACGUUCUCGAUCGUUUUCCCGUUGCUGGCCACAGACAAGCUGAAGAAAAAGCAGCAGCGCCGUAUUGAGGAGAAUCGCGGUAUGCUCGGUCGGGGCAGCUCUUUGAAAGCGGAAAUGGCCUGCGAGGCGGGACGCGCCAAUGUCCACAUACGCUUCGAAGACGCUGAAUUUUCCGAGCUUCUUUGGUCGAUCGUCGUGGAGAAUGUCUGCGCGACCGGCAGCCCUGUCGUCUGCACUUUUGAGGUGACCGCCGAGGCGUUGAUCCUAAUCGUGCCAAAAAGCGACGUUUCCUGCAGCACAUACAAGGUUGUCCACUACACGACUUACGACGAUAUGGGCCGUCCGCAACAGAAGAAGAUGAGAGCGAUCGAGACUAUCGUUGCCGACCUGAAGAAGGCUGUUGAUGCUGAGGCGCUGGCCAUCAAGAAUCGAUCGGAAAGCGUGAAAACUGGCCAGCGUGCCAACCGGAAGAUCAUUCUGAUUGGCCAGACAGAUGGCGAAAGUGUGCUCUCCUUGGGUAACAAUAUUCAACACCUGAUUGAACGGCCCGAUUGCCUUCAGCCUUUGGCCGUAGCUGUCGAUGUGCCGUCCGUGCGCAGCCAAAUUUCGCCGGAUUCGCUGCUUCUCUCGUCGUCGCCGGCGGAUUCAACAGAUUCCGGGGUUGGCCGUAGCCCAACUGCAUCGCCGAAGGGUUCAAUGUUGUCUCCAUUCUAUCAACAAUACAGCCUUCUGAGCCUGCGCCAGCGCUCCUACAGCGAGAACUGCUCGGGGAUCAAGGGCAUCUUGAAAUGGCCGCUGCCCAGGACGACUUUCAAUCGUUCUGUUUCUGAGGAACAUGAAGAUGAGCGCGAAGUCCGGCGGUUCAUGGUAUCGCCACCUCUCGAGACGGCACCGGAAAACGUGCCUCGUCGUUUGAAGCGCAUCUCUUUCUCUGAAACCAUUGACGUCCGCACCUUCAUCAAAGGCUCGUGUAUCAUGCCGGAAGGCCAAAACCCACGCCGUCGUCGUGACUCGAAGGGCAGCAUGAAGGUGCCUGAACAACUGGAUGAAACUUCGCCCCCUGUGACUGAGAAAAAUGAUUCUGCUGUGAAAGAAGAAGAACCUUUCGAGAAACCCGGCCUUCGCACCAACGAUCGCCAGGACAGCGGAUUCUGUGAUGGUGACGAAGAAGAGUCCCUCAAACUUGAACAUAUUAAUGUA